AUGGAUGCCACAAAUCUCAGAGAAGAAGCUGCAGCUGAAGUUUCUUCAUCUUUUGUGAUUCUGUCGCUAUGUACUCUGGUAGUACUGGUAAUACUGCUGGUAAAUUGUGCUUCCUGCUGUAAAGACCCUGAGAUAGAUUUCAAGGAAUUUGAAGAUAACUUUGAUGAUGAAAUAGAUUUUACACCUCCAGCAGAAGAUACUCCAUCUGUUCAGUCUCCAGCAGAAGUGUUCACUCUUUCAGUUCCCAGUAUUGCUGUACCAACUCCCUCCCAGUUUCCGUCUCGUACAGAUGGAUCAAAGUCUCAAGUUGCACGUCAGAGUCUAAACUACAUCCAGGAAAUUGGAAAUGGCUGGUUUGGAAAGGUUCUUCUUGGAGAGAUCUACACAGGCACUAGUGUAGCAAGGGUAAUAGUGAAGGAGUUGAAGGCAAGUGCGGGUCCUAAGGAGCAAGAACAGUUUUUAAGAAAUGGAGAACCAUAUUACAUUCUUCAGCAUCCAAAUGUUCUCCAGUGUGUUGGGCAGUGUGUGGAAGCCAUUCCUUAUCUCCUAGUUUUUGAGUUCUGUGACUUGGGUGACCUAAAAACUUAUAUCUGCAAUGAGCAGGAACACAUUAAAGGAGAGUCACAAAUAAUGCUGCUGCAGAGGAUGGCGUGUGAGAUUGCUGCUGGACUUGCUGUAAUGCAUAAGCAUAACUUUGUGCACAGCGACUUGGCUUUACGGAAUUGCUUCCUUACAUCAGAUUUAAAUGUCAAAGUAGGAGAUUAUGGUAUAGGAUUCAGUAGAUUUAAGGAAGACUAUAUUGAGACAGAUGAGAAGAAACUUAUUCCUCUCCGAUGGACUGCACCUGAGUUAGUAAUAAGUUUUCAAGACAGACUGUUAUCAGCAGAGCAAAAUAAAUACAGUAACAUAUGGUCCCUUGGUGUCACCUUGUGGGAGCUGUUUGAGAAUGCUGCUCGGCCUUACUCAGAGUUCUCUGACAGGGAAGUCCUAACCCAUGUCAUAAAGGAGAAGCAGAUUAAACUCUUCAAGCCACGUCUGGAGCAGCCAUACUCUGAUAGAUGGUAUGAAGUUCUGCAGUUCUGCUGGCUACCUCCAGAAAAAAGACCAACAGCAGAAGAAGUGCAUAGACUUUUAACUUACCUUCGCAUGCAGAGCCAAAGGGACUCAGAGAUUGAUUUUGAACAGCAGUGGAAUGCUCUUAAACCAAACACCUCAAAUAGAGAAACAAAUAAUUCUGCAUUUCCAAUCUUAGAUCACUUUACAGGAGAUAGACUUGGCCAUGAGAUGGAGGAAGUACUUACUGUAACCGAAACAAGCCAGGGUCUCAGCUUUGAAUAUAUCUGGGAGGCAGCUAAACAUGAUCAUUUUGAUGAAUGUGGUCAUGUGAAUCCUGAUGAAGCAAUGACAUACACAAGUAUUUUCUUCCCAGUGGAGGUUUUUGAGAGGUCCCUUUCAGAGCAAGGUUCAGGAGCACAGGAUGGAAGUGGUCAAGGGGCAUCACUUGCUGUCCCUGGGGUGCUGCCUGUGUUUGAUGCACACAAGCUUUCUGUUGGAAAUGACUACUAUAUCCAAUUAGAGGAAAAAGGAAGUGGCUGCAGCGUGAAUUUUGACAACCAGUCAGUUGUUCUGACUACAGAAGUUGAUCAUCAAGAAGCGGUACAAGAAAAAAGUUCUCAUUUCACUGUUCUCAGGGACCUUGAUGUUGAAGAAUCUAGCACUGAUGGGGACUUCUUCCACUACAAUACAGAUCCUAAAGAGGAAGCUUUGCCUGCUGCUAGUAGUCCAGAAAGUCCUUUCCAGAAUGUCUUUAAUGACAUUGACAGGUCAGAAGAAUUGACAAAUAGAAAAAUAGCUGGUUUUGCUGAAACAAAUGAUACUCCUAAAGACUUUAAACCAACUGUUUUAAACACAGAUGAUGGAAAGGCAGUAGGUCUUUCUGAGAAGGAGCAUUCUAGUCAUACUUCUGAAAACGAAACCAUUUCCUUAUGUGAAAAUAUCUCUAACCAGUCUGAUUUUGUAACUUUAGAAGAACUUUCUGAUAAUUUCUUGUUUCUUCAAGAGAAAAACUUAUUAACAGGGUUAUUGUCUAACAAAACCAGCAGUGGUCUGGAGCAAAAACAAGAAGAUGUUCUAAAAAGCAUAUUAGAAACCUCAAAUAGAAACUCUGUGGAGGCUGACUCUGUGUUGGCUGAAAAUGCACAGGUCAUUUCUUUAACCCAUGAAAGUCUUAAAAUGGUGAAAGAUGAAAAUUUUAACCCAGUGACAGUGAAUAAAGAUCCAAAUUCUCAAACUGCUGUAGACACAGAGGCAUCUUCUAGUCCAUCUUCAGCACUUAAUUCAUGUGAUAAACAUGCAAAUCUUCCUUAUUUGAAGGGUGAAGGAAAACUUUUAAAUGUGCAAGUCAACGAAGUUGUGUCCUGUGACACCAAUAUUCUCUCUCAAGAAGAGCUAUCUAAUAAUGCAAAAAAUAGUAAUGUUGGAAACAACCCAUAUUACAAUGUUGCUGUUGAAACAGACAAGUGUGAUGCAGAGAUAAAACAAGGAGUGCUUUUCAAGUCUGAUGAAAUAACUUUUAGUAGAGAAAAAUGUAGUGAUCAGGAAGAUACAAAAGGAAACUUGCAAGAUAAAACUCCUCUGUUAAAAAAAGAUGAAUGUUUACUGGAGCAAAUACAAGAAACAUCAAAUAAUUUUGAGAACUGUAAGGAUGUCCCAGAAGAGGUGACCUUAUUUUCUGUUGCUACUUCUGAUUGUACAAGUCAGGAUAGUUUUUUGGAAGACAGUCCAUCUCCUAUACAAACUGUAGGAAAGGCUUUAGAGACACCUGAUUCUUUGGAUUCUUUAGAUGUAAAUGAGGUUUUAGAAUCUUUACAAGCUCAAAGCCCUCAGAAACUUUUGCCACCUGAUAAACCUGCUGACAGUGGCUAUGAAACAGAAAACCUGGAAUCUCCAGAAUGGACUUCUCAUGUCACUGUUGAGGAUGCUUCUAGUGUAGAUACUGCUCUCUGUCGUGCCAGCGAGAGCAAUGUCAGUGCUUUGCCUCCUAACCCAGUCAUCAUUGUUUCAGAAGCAGCAGCUUGUUUAGAUGCAGUGAACAGCAAUUUUGAAAUAAGCCCAAAGGUUUUUCUGGGUGGAAGUCAAAAUUCAUAUAGAGAUUCUGCCUAUUUCUCUGACAAUGAUUCUGAGCCAGAUAAAAAAACAGAGGAGACUGUAAAUCUGGCAAGAGAGACUUCAUGUGUUGUUUCUUCAAAUGGAGGAGAUAAUAAUACUGAAGAUGAUUACAGUUUUGAAGAGAGGCAGCAGCAGUGUGAUGUAAGGAAUUGUCAGGAUACCAAUAAUCAAAAUGCAAAACUAGAACUAAAUCACAACUUAGAGAUGCGAGAGAUGGAUGUAAGGAUGCAAGGGUGUCCUGAUGAGUGGGAUGAGGCAACUCUGAAUUCUCUGAAAUUACCAGUAGGAAGUAACCUAAGGGAUGAAAUAAAACAAUGUGAGACUUCCCAUAAAGCAGUCUCUUGUGUUGGCACUAAUACUUCAGAACUUCUUUCACACAGAGACUUAAAGUCUGUGUAUAACAUACACAGUCCUUUAGAUCUGAGUAACAGUGAGAAGUUGUUCUAUCACCUUGAAGGACAAAAACUGAAAGAGCCAGAUAUUGAAGGAAAAUACCUUGGCAAACUCGAUGUUUCUGGAAUGCUUGAUUUAGAAGAUGGUGAUGAUGCAGAUGAGGAAGAUGAAAACAGUGAUUCUGAGGAUGACAUGAGGACUUUUCACAUGCAUAGUCUGAGUUCUGACAGUGAGGAUGAAACUGUUCAUCAAGUACCCGAGAUACUUACUGACAAAGAUGAUGCAAAACAUCUGAGAAGCUUGUUGAAACUUCCAAAACCUCCUGAUGAAAGGCAGCAUGAGAGUUGGAGAAAUGAGAAGAAGGCUGUAACGUUCUUUGAUGAUGUGACGGUCUAUUUGUUUGAUCAGGAAACACCAACUAAGGAGCUGGGAAACCGUGCAGCAGACUUGAAUGGUGAAGGCUCUCACAGCACUCCUGUCCCAUCUUCCAGUUUUGGUUACCUAAACAGAUUUGCAAAUUCAGAAAGCUCAACAGAUGAAGAAGGUGGGGGUUUUGAAUGGGAUGAUGACUUCUCGUCUCCAGAGCCAUCCUUUAUAUCGAAGGCAGCUAAUAGUCUUAUUGGUUCUAAACCACCUCUUCAGUCAUCAAAGUACUUCUCUCCACCUCCACCUUCCCGGACUCUUGAUCAGAACUGGUCAAAUUCAUCCCCUUAUUCCAGAUUCUCUAUCUCUCCUGCAAACAUGGCAAGCUUUUCUCUUACACACCUUACAGAUUCAGAUAUAGAGCAAGGAGGAAGCAGUGAAGAUGGAGAGAAAGAUUAAACGAAUUAAAACUUCCUUGGACUGCAUACAUAAAACACACAGACUUUGUCUGAAACUCCUUUAUCUAAACUCUGCAUCCUCCUGGAGUAACACAGGUAAUCAAGAUGUACUAAGAAAUGAAAGUAAACACUGAAAGCAAUGUUAAAUCAGGACAUUAAUUUGAAUGUGUAUUUAACUUUGUAAUGUAUUUUUAAAUCAGUGCAAUUUUGCUUUUCAUUGGAAGAUGAUUCUGCCGCAGUUUUCAAGUACUUGAAGAAUUUUUCAGAUAACUUAAGAAACAAGUAAAGCAAUUACACUACAGUCUGGUUUAUGUAUGAGAUUGUAUAAUAUUCUUUUUAUAUUUUUCCAUGUAGUUCAUUAUCUAUUUGAACGUACACCUGUUGUAGAAUUGUGUAUAGCUGUCCUGUGCAACAGGUGGCUGUGUUGCUGAAGCUGUAUGAAUUAUAGUUGAUCAGUAGUGAGCCAUAUUUAUU